CCCAUCAAUAUUCACCAAAAUUCACAAUUCUAUAUCAAUACUCACUGUUGAUUCUCUCUCUUAGUCUCUUGUUCUUAGCUAUUCAUACUGCAACUAUAAACCCUGCACUCUCUCUCUCUCUCCCUCUCUCCCCCCGCUACGGAAUCACAAUGGCGUCUAUCGGGCCAACGGUGUUGCAGUUGAUACCAUCGGCGACAAGGGUGUCGGCCAGGGUUCAUCCACUGGUCAUAUUCAACGUCUGCGACUGCUAUGUGAGGAGACCCGACCACGCGGAGCGCGUCAUCGGCACUCUCCUCGGAUCUAUUUUGCCUGACGGCACUGUUGAUAUCCGCAAUUGUUACGCUGUUCCCCAUAAUGAAUCACUGGAUCAGGUUGCGCUGGAUAUUGAUUAUCAUCACAAUAUGUUGUCCUCCCACCAGAAGGUGAAUCCAAAGGAAGCCAUUGUUGGAUGGUUUUCAACUGGUUUUGAAGUCACUGGCAGCAGUGCUUUGAUCCAUGAGUUUUACUCUAGAGAAGCUAGCAAUCCUGUUCAUUUGACUGUGGAUACUGAGUUUAAAAAUGGGGAGACUACAAUAAAGGCUUUUGUUGCUAUUAAUUUAUCUCUCGGAGAUCAACAUCUUGCUGCACAAUUUCAAGAAGUUCCAUUGGACCUACGCAUGGUUGAGGCAGAGAAGGUUGGAUUUGACGUACUUAAGCCAACAAAUGUUGACAAGCUUCCCAAUGAUAUCGAAGGAAUGGAAGCUUUAAUGGGACGGUUGCUUGCUCUAAUAGAUGAUGUCUACAAAUAUGUAGAUGAUGUUGUGGAGGAUCGUGUUGCCCGUGAUAGUAAAAUAGGAAGAUUCAUAUCAGAUACCAUAGCAUCCCUGCCGAAGCUAUCACCGCAUGCUUUCAAUAAGCUAGUGAAUGAUAGUCUACAGUUUCUCAACUUGCAGGACCAACUGCUGUUGCUUUAUUUGUCUAGCAUUACAAGCACACAACUCAGCGUAGCAGAAAAGUUGAAUACGGCUGCUCAGAUCCUGUAACUCAUUUUGCGGUUUUGCUUUGAUGAGAUCUUGCUCCGGUAGCUCGUCUGAUGUCUUAGUUGAUGAAUGACAGUUUGAGUGGUUUCUUCCUCAUCCAAACGAGGGAAAUUUUGCCUUGCUCUGGUUAAACAGACAUUACCACACUUUCUACUUUUUUUCCUUUCCCUCUUUGCAGAGAGUAAAUGACAUUUUCCAAUGGCCUUUAGUAGUUAUUUAUGGAGGGAAUAGGAUAGGGAACCAUAAGACUUGCAUGUGUAUCAUCUCCACUAUUGCACUGCAUUGGCAACCUGUGCAUGACUUCAUAGUCCAGUAUGGGCAGUGGAAAUGUGUACACAACAUUCUUUCCAUUCGAUUAUAUAUUCUUUUUAAUUUUUUCACCAAUAAAUUGAAACCACAUGCUAACUUUUCA